CACAGAGCACCACACCACACCACCACCGCCGCCGGCCCCGGUUAACCCCCCUCUGGCCUCCUCCCCUUCCGUUUCAAAAAUCAAACACCCCGGACGGAAACCCUCUUUCCUCUCCCCCCUCCCUCCCGGCCGUUGCGGUGGCGAAUCCGGGCUGCGACGCGGGGCCGGCGGCGUGACCCUCCGUCCCCUCCUCCGCCGCGUCCCCUUCGUCGGGUCGCCAAUCCACCUCGUCCCACCCCGCCCCGCCUCGCCUCGUCUCGUCUCCCAACUUUUUCCGAUCUCCUCGUCGCUAAGCAAACAAACCCUUAUUAACCCCCCGCCGAAGCAGAUGUUCGCCUGGAGAAAAGGGCGCCACUUGCACUGGGCUAGGCACUCUGCUCCCCGGUGCGACUAGAGUAGAGUAGAGCCGGAGCGCCUGGUACGUGCCACUGGGUGCAGCCGAGAUUCCUUCUUGCCCUCGACUGGGUUCCGGCGGAUUGGUUGGUGUUGUUCUUGCGGAUUCUUUCUCCGUUCUUGGCAAGUUCGCCGUCCUGCUCCUGUGCUACUGCGGCGCCGGUGCCGGUGAGGAGGAAGGCUGCCAAGAUUGCUCGGGGGCCAGGGGGGAGCAGCCGCCGGUGCCCGGCCUCGGAGUGGCCGCCCCAGCCCGUCUAUGGAAGUUGCCGCCCCGACUCCAUGCCACGGCCUGGAACCAAAUUGCCGAGCACGGCACGGCUUGCCUGCCCUUCUGACGCUGCUUGUCACUCUGGUGCCCGUCUUCUGCUUCGUUCUUGCUCCGGAUCGGCCAAUUGCGGCGGGCCUGCUAUGACGGUGGUCAUGGGUCGGCGCCGGUGCGCUCACUGGAUGCUGCUGCUCUUCUGUUGCCUCCUCCUCACGUCCCCCUCACAUGGUCAUCGUCACAAUCGACCCGCUGACGCGUUUGUCGGGGGAUACGGGAUAAACUACGGGAGAAUAGCGAACAACCUCCCGUCUCCGGACAAGGUGGUGGAGCUCCUCAGGAGGUCCAAGAUAAGGAAUGUCAAGAUAUAUAAUGAAGAUCACACUGUGCUCGACGCGUUCAAAGGGACAGGGCUCAACCUGGUCAUUGCUGUCCACAAUGGGUUGCUGAAUGCUUUUGCUGCAAAUGAGAGCGUCGCGAUUGACUGGCUGAAUGAGAACGUGCAGCCUUACAUUUCUCAGACACGCAUUGUUGGAAUCACUGUGGGGAAUGAGGUGCUGGGAGGCGAUCCGAGCUUGGCCGCUCCGCUCGUUGGAGCUGUUAAGAAUAUGUACGAUGGUCUCAAGAAACUGCAUCUGGAUGACAAAAUUGAGCUUUUCACACCUCACUCUGAAGCUGUUUUCGCUACUUCCUAUCCGCCCUCUGCAUGUGUUUUCAAGGAAGAAAUCAUGGUGUAUAUGAAACCGCUGCUGGACUUGUUUUCACGGAUCGGCUCACCUUUCUAUGUCAAUGCAUAUCCCUUUUUGGCGUACUUAACUGAUCCGGGGCAGAUCGACAUUAAUUAUGCUCUCUUUCAGCCCAACCCUGGAGUAGUUGAUCCGAAUACUAGUCUGCACUAUGACAACAUGUUUGAUGCUCAGAUAGAUGCAGCUUACGCUGCUCUGCAGGCUGCUGGUUAUAAUGACAUGGAAGUCCGGGUGGCAGAGACUGGCUGGGCUUCUAGUGGAGAUCAAAAUCAAGCAGGACCAUCAGUUGAGAAUGCAAGGACUUACAAUUACAACCUCCGUAAGAGGCUCUUUUUGAGGAAGGGAACUCCUCUCAAGCCAAAGAUACCAGUCAAAGCAUACAUCUUUGCCUUGUUUAAUGAGAACUUGAAGAAUGGAGAUCCUACUGAGAAGCACUAUGGGCUCUUCAAUCCAGAUGGAAGGAUUUCAUAUGAUAUCGGUUACUCAGGUCUAUUACCUUCAUCAGCACCCGCAUCCUUGCUGUCAAUUAAGGAGAUGCGAGCCUGGGGUUGGAUUGCACACUAUUCGGCUGCGGUUAUCCUAGCUAUUUUCUUGUCUUAGGCUUAGUGACUUGAUGAUUAUAGAAUAGCACAUCUGUUAAGGGUACAAUGAAGAUGAGGAGUUAGAAUGCCUGCUUGUACUGGGAAACUCAGAAUGGAAAUUCAAAUAAUGGUUCCCUGCACACCAGUUUCGUUUGUGUUCCCCUCACCCCUUUUACCUGUGAAAAGAACAUGGUUUUGAAUUUUUACUGUAUAUAUAUUUAUUUUAGCGUUAGAAA